GCGGCGGCAUCGUCCUCGGCGGGCCAGGCCCGGGCCCGGGCCCAGGCCCAGCGUGUCGGGGCGGAGGCGGCCAUGGCGGGCAACUUCGACUCGGAGGAGCGGAGCAGCUGGUACUGGGGGCGGCUGAGCCGGCAGGAGGCGGUGGCGCUGCUGCAGGGCCAGCGGCACGGGGUCUUCCUGGUGCGGGACUCGAGCACCAGCCCCGGGGACUAUGUGCUCAGCGUCUCGGAGAACUCGCGCGUCUCCCACUACAUCAUCAACAGCAGCGGCCCGCGCCCGGCCGCCGCCGCCGCCCCGCCGUUGCCCCUGCCGCCGGCUGCCGCGCAGCCUGGGCCCGGGCUGAACCCCUCCAGACUCCGAAUAGGAGAUCAAGAGUUUGAUUCAUUGCCUGCUUUACUGGAAUUCUACAAAAUACACUAUUUGGACACUACAACCUUGAUAGAGCCCGUUUCCAGAUCCAGGCAGCAUAGUGGAGUAAUUCUCAGGCCAGAGGAGGCAGAGUAUGUGAGGGCUCUCUUUGACUUUAAUGGGAAUGAUGAAGAAGACCUUCCCUUUAAGAAAGGAGACAUCUUGAGAAUCCGGGAUAAGCCUGAAGAGCAGUGGUGGAAUGCAGAGGACAGCGAAGGCAAGAGGGGAAUGAUACCAGUCCCUUACGUCGAGAAGUAUAGACCUGCUUCCGCCUCAGUAUCAGCUUUGAUUGGAGGUAACCAGGAUAAUUCCCACCCACAGCCACUGGGUGGGCCGGAGCCCGGGCCCUAUGCCCAACCCAGCGUCAACACUCCGCUCCCUAACCUCCAGAAUGGGCCCAUUUAUGCCAGGGUUAUCCAGAAGCGAGUCCCUAAUGCCUACGACAAGACAGCCUUGGCUUUGGAGGUCGGUGAGCUGGUAAAGGUCACGAAGAUUAAUGUGAGUGGCCAGUGGGAAGGGGAGUGUAAUGGCAAACAUGGGCACUUUCCGUUCACGCAUGUCCGCCUGCUGGAUCAACAGAAUCCUGACGAGGACUUCAGCUGAGUGUAGCUCAACAGUUUUGCUGACAGAUGGGAACAAUCUCAGUUGUUUUUUUUUUUCCAACUGCCAUCUAUACAAUUUUCCUACCAAUGUCAAAAGCAGUAUAGUUUAUAUAUAAGCAUUCUGUUACCCAUGAUCUCCUGGGACUGAACUACUCCAUGCCUAACCUUGGUUCAAAAUAUUCAGGGUACGAAACUGGAUAGCUUCUGGGUCAACUUAUCAAAUCACUGAUUGUAGGUGGUAAUGGCUGUUGGUCAGGCAUACUGUUUUACCCUGCCUACAUAUUGUGUAAGGGAGAGAAAGCAACAUCACACUUGUUGAACACUGAAUUUUGUUAUUUUUUCCCCCAAAACCAGUCAUGUGGGUGAAGUAGCUUGCUCCCUUACUCUCAGGCAAAGCAAAUCAACCUUAGGAAAAUUGAUGGACAGGUAGGAGUGUUGCACCCUGGUUAUUAUCCUUAUUUACUUUGUGGUUUUGUGUUUUCAUUCUCAAUCCAUACCAUAAAUGGUUAUAGACUGUAUUUUUUCGUCAUGAAGAAAUUGUGCACAGUGUGAUUAGGAACUUUAAAAGAAAAGUUACCCUGCCCUUUGGGAUUGCUUUAUAAUUUACAGAAAAUGAGCAUUGUAGGACAUACUCUGACAUUUCAGAUCCUAAGAAUUUUGAGGACACUACUCGAGGCAUAUGUCUUCCUUUCUAGUCAAUGCUUCUUAUUUUUUCUUAGGAUUGGUUUAAUAUUAAAUUUGUUCUGCUAACACAUGGCAUUCUUUUUUUCCCUAAACCUACAGAUAUGUAACUUAAGAGAACUGUAGGUUUAAGAACCAGUUGUGAAGUAGAAUGUGUGGAGCACUGGACUCAUUAGCACACAGCUUUAAGCCAGUAUUUGGCUCAGUGGAUAGACAGGCCCUGCCCUCCCCCCAACGGGGAAAAAAAGGGUCCCAGGUGCCAGGAACUUCUCUUCUACUUGCUUGGCCCAGUCAGGGGCCUACAGGGAGUAUCUUGAGUUCCUGUACACAGUGUUUGGAGUGAAAGGACCAAUCACUUAAGACUAUUCCAUGAAAGGUUUUGGGGCCAAGUCCCGUCUUCUGCUUAUGUGUCCCCUGCAUUCAAGGCAGCAGGAUUUAGUGCUUGGAGCAGUGUUUCUGAACCAAUCAUGACAACAGCUUGUGGAUGAACCAUUGGGCAUGGGCCAGAUCUGUGCUUGAAGUAGUUCACAUGUAAACUGGCUGAAUUAUCAGCUGUCAUUGUUUUUGUUUGUGUUCAGAUGUAGUUUACAAACUUUACUAACCAUGAUAUUGGUGAUUUUCUUAUUGGGUGAGGUGUUCCAAGUACACAGUUAUGACCAAAAAUGUUCCAGAACACUUCGAGUACACAAACCCAGAAUGUAGUGCCUGGUACAUGAAGGUGCUUAAUAAAUGCUUGUUGAUUGAUCGUGAGGCUUUUAUAAGUGUUUUAAAAAAUGUGUCAGAGACACCCCUCCCCCCCAAAAAAAGGAAGUGAUCUUAAAGUAUGUCCCCUGAGAUGACUUCAGAUGCUUCAAAGGUUCCUGGCAGAGGGAUAUGAGUUGAAGCCAGUGGAGGACAAUCGAUUCCCACUUGUCCCUGCUUAAUUGCGGGGAACAAUGGUGUGGAUAAAAUAAACACAUUUACAUUUGGCCUUGUAACACAUGUUUUGUUAAAUUUUUUUAUUUGUUUACCUUCCUAAUCAUGUUUUCAUAGGUUAAUAAAAGAUGGAGUUUGUGAUGGCUGAGCAUGCCAAAAAAUGGUGGAGGGAAAGGAAGCAUCCCAGAAUCAUGCUGUGUGACAAUUGAGGGGAAGCCUUGGAUUAGUGAGAGAAUCCAAUGCAAAUGUCUGAGUUGACUGUAAUUAAGAUAAUAGUUUUACCUCACACUACAGUAAAACUUGAGAGACCUUUAAUCUUCAGUUUUUCUUUAUGUGUUAGCACAGUGCUAUGCACAUAGGCACUCAGUAAAUGAUUGAAUUACUAGAUUUAACUCAUUUUGUUCUGCUUUGUCUAAUGGGUUAGUCAGGUUUCAGUGAAUGAGCACAGAUUGUUAAAACCUAAAUGCAUAUUAACUCAGUGCUGUUUCCCCAGAAGGUAUGGUAUUUGAAAAAUCUUUGUGGAUAAAACUGUCAGACCCGAUGGGGAACUUUGUAUUUUGCUUUGCAUUUGACUUUCAGAUUGGCUUGUAAUGCCUAUAUAAUUUUGUCACAUGUAAAAUUAUUGGGACCUACAUUUUUGCCCAAAUCAUAAGCAUUUUUAAUGGUUGGUUAUCUGUGACCAUAAAAGCAGGGAUUCUUCUAUUGGAACAUUAAGAUUUGGUUGUGCAUGGGCAGUUGCUGGACCUCAAGAAAUCAAAUGUCUUCUAUAAAUGCUCUUUGGAAGCAGAAUAUUAGUACACUAUUUAAUUGCAAAUGUGCAUUACAUCACAGAGCAAAAGAAAACUUUAAUUGGCUGCUGUUGUUUUAUAUAAUCUUUCAGCAAAGCCCAUUCUUUCAAUAUUAAUGUUUGACAUGAUUAAUUCUGGUUAAUUUGUUGGAAUUCUUCUUGUUAAUAAAGCAAAUAGAUCAUUUUUAAUUAUCCUUUAGUAACAUUUCACUGUUAAUGGUUUGGAAAGGGUGAUAAGCAAACCAGUUUGAAACAAAAUAUAAACAUGUGCCAUUGUAUUAUAACACUAUACACUUUCUUGACAGUUAAAAAUCUUUUUUUAAAAAAUUUUUUUUGUAGCAUGUAAUGUAUAUGUUUAUAUAUGUAGUAAAUAAAAAUAUGGCCAAAUGAUUGGCUUGGUGAUCUUU